GCGCCAUUUCCGCCAGCCUAGAGUGUCUCCGCCCUUCCCGCCUCCCUUCCUCUGAGCGUCCUAAACACAGGCCUCGGGCCUACAGCUUAGGGGGUACUUAGGGGGGCGGGGGGCUGGUCUGAUGAGUAACCCCUCCCCCCAGGUCCCAGAGGGAGAAGCCUCUACAUCUGUCUGCCGGCCCAAGAGUUCCAUGGCCUCUGCUUCCCGCCGACAACGCCGAGAGCGUCGCUUCCGUCGUUACCUGUCUGCAGGACGGCUGGUCCGAGCCCAGGCCCUCCUUCAGCGACACCCAGGCCUUGACGUAGAUGCCGGGCAGCCCCCACCGCUGCACCGGGCCUGCGCCCGCCAUGACGCCCCUGCCCUGUGCCUGCUGCUUCGGCUGGGGGCUGACCCUGCCCACCAGGACCGCCAUGGGGACACUGCGCUGCAUGCUGCUGCCCGCCAGGGCCCUGAUGCUUACACAGAUUUCUUCCUGCCACUGCUGAGUCGCUGUCCCUCCGCCAUGGGAAUAAAGAAUAAGGAUGGGGAGACCCCUGGGCAGAUUCUGGGCUGGGGGCCCCCCUGGGAUUCUGCUGAAGAGGAGGACGAAGAUGAGAGCUCCAAAGAACAGAAAUGGAGGCAGAAGCUACAGGGAGAGCUGGAAGAUGAGUGGCAGGAAGUCCUUGGGAGGUUCGAAGAUGAUACUUCCCGUGAGACCCAGGAACCCGAGUCCUUCUCAGCAUGGUCAGAUCGCAUGGCCCGGGAGCAUGCUCAGAAGCGCCAGCAGCAGCAGCGAGAGGCAGAGGAAGCCUGCCGCCCACCUCGGGCAGAGGGGUCUGGCCACAGCUGGCGGCAGCAGGAGGAGGAGCAGCGACUCUUCCGAGAAAGAGCCCGAGCCAAGGAAGAAGAACUGCGUGAGAGCCGAGCCAGAAGAGCACAGGAGGCUCGUGGGGACCGAGGGCCAGAGCCAACCAGGGCUGGGCCCAGGGCAGAGCAACCCAGAGUUGCAGGGAGGGGCAGCCUCUGGCGCUUUGGCGAUGUACCCUGGCCCUGCCCGGGGGGAGGGGACCCAGAGGCUAUGGCUGCAGCCCUGGUGGCCAGGGGGCCCCCCUUGGAGGAGCAGGGGGCUCUGAGGAGGUACUUGAGGGUCCAGCAGGUCCGCUGGCAUCCUGACCGCUUCCUGCAGCGAUUCCGAAGCCAGAUUGAGACGUGGGAGCUGGGCCGCGUGAUGGGAGCUGUGACAGCUCUUUCUCAGGCCCUGAAUCGCCAUGCAGAGGCCCUCAAGUGAUCCCCAAGAAAGAGCAAGAAACUGCAGGGGACACAGCCGUAGGGGCAGGGCCAUAGGUGGAUGAAGUCAGGGAAGGAGAUGGCGAGAUAGAGGCUGAUGCUGAGGGACAGGGUAGGGGUGGGGAAAGAACUUGUAAGAGCAGGGAGGGGAUAGGAGCACUCCCCUGCUCCUCAGCGCUGCCACUUCCUAAUAAGACCUGGUUCCACAUCUCA